AUGCUUUCACCGUCGACAAAAGCGGCCUGCUGGCUGACGACGUUCCUGAGCGUCUUUGUGACAGGUGAAAUGCCAAUACAAGCCGAAGUGGGACCUGAAUUUCUGCAAGCCCUUGAAAACCACACCGUCACGCAAGGCCGGGAUGUACACUUUACCUGUGUUGUCAAUCAUCUUUCCAAUUAUAGAGUUGCAUGGAUAAAAUCAGAUUCAAAAGCAAUUCUUGCGAUACAUACAAACAUGGUUGCAUUGAAUCCUCGUCUGUCUGUCACCUACAAUAACCACAAUACAUGGAAACUUCACGUCAGUAAUGUCCAAGCGAACGACUCUGGAACUUAUAUGUGUCAAGUUAACACAGACCCUAUGAAGAGUCAGAUGGGUCAUCUGUCCGUGGUAAUACCUCCGGAUAUCGAUGAUUCGAUAUCUGAAGGCAGUUCAGCCAGAGAAGGUGGUAGUAUUCGUCUAUCUUGCACUGCAACUGGAGUACCACCACCCACAGUGAUGUGGCGAAGAGAGCAUAACCGACCUAUCGUAUUCAGACAUGACGGAGGAAGAGAGAAGAAAGUGGUAGAAAGUCAUAAGGGAGAGAGUCUUGAACUUUUCCACGUACAGAGAACCGACAUGGGAGCCUACUACUGCAUUGCCAGCAACGGCGUACCGCCCACCGUCAGUCGCCGAUAUCACGUGCAAGUGCACUUUAUACCUCAAGUAAAAGUUAGCAACCAACUAGUAGGGGCACCACUUGGUAGCGAUGUGGAGCUUCAAUGUCAUAUAGAAGCAUCACCUAAGGCUAUGAACUCUUGGUACCGAGAAGAUGCGUUAGUCAGCGACAAAUUGCUAGAGAACCCAAAAUUUCGCAUAGCAGAAAAAUUUACAAAUGAGUAUUCUUUAUGGAUGAAUCUGACGAUAAAGUCACUGGCGCCCGGCGAUUACGGGACUUACGUGUGCGCUUCCGUCAAUGCACUUGGAAAGAUGGAAAGUCAAGUCAGCUUACAUAGACUCGAACUCAGUAUGAAUGGUUACUCCGACGAUCCUAUGGUGUCAGGAGCAGCGUGGCAGCGCAACCGAGCGCGUCCAGCCGCUUCGCAUGCCCGCCACUACUUACAACACUUACCACCACAAGUGUACGCAAUAUUAUUAACAACUAUACGAUACGUUAACACUCUCUAA